CGUUGUUUAGUUUAAAAUUAUUUUAAUUUUCACAACGAUAAUGAAACAAGCUAUUGCAACUUUUAGUAAUCUCUCUUAUUGGCAUGAUGUUGCGCGUUGUUUGUCUUAAUUUGAAAUUGUGAGUGCUCAAAAGAACGUUCCAUUACAACCAAAAUAGAGACCAUGGAAUGAUUUUAAAAUGGAAUAACUUUUCUCUUUCGGCACUAGUAAGAACUAACAUAGGUAUUACUUAAUAUAGAAGAAAUUCUGGAUGGAUACUUUUGUUGUUCGACCAGCACAUGCUCAUUUUAUAAAGGUGAAGUUGAAUGUGAGUAUUUUAUUAACUUCAGAACACUGUUGAACAGACGUUCUCCAUCAUGGGCUCUCUCUUCGUGACGUGGCUAGACGAACGCCUUGCGUGGAACACGAGCGAAUGGAAUGGUGUGCGCACAGUGAAUUUUAAACUAGAGGAAGUCUGGAGACCAUUGCUCGUUCAUGAAAACUCGGCCAUUGGUAUAGAGGUUUUGGGAGACAACAGUAACCACAGAAGUAUCCCUGUGAUUGUCUUCAGUAAUGGCUUCCUUUACUGGCUGAGUCCUGCCUACCUCGUCUCGUUCUGUCAAGUCGACGUCUCCAAGUUCCCAUUUGAUACACAAACAUGUCAGUUCGAGAUAUCGUCGUGGAUGUUUGGAGUAGAUACAAUCAAUUUCAUACAUAUUUAUGACUACAUCAGUCUUUCCGAGUAUGAACAGAAUGGAGAGUUUGAAGUUUUAGAUACCUUCACAUCAUACAAAUAUGAUUCUCUCGGCAUAACAACUGCUAAAAAGCUUGUGUUUGGAGUCCAACUGAAGCGGCGAUACUCCUAUUAUCUUGUGAACCUUGUACUUCCUGUUCUGGUGCUACAGGCUCUUGGAAUCGUCAUUUUCCUAGUACCCGCGAGCUCCGGUGAGAAACUGUCCUUUGCCUUUACCUUGCUUCUAUCACUGACUGUCCUCAUGUCCAUCGUCAGCGAGAAAGUGCCCACAACAUCACUUCAAGUGUCCACGCUAAGCAUCUACCUGUUGGGUGGAGCAUUCAUCUCUGGCUUGGAGGUUAUGAUGACAGUAAUAAGUCUGAUUUUACAACACAGACAGGACGAAGGGAAGCAAUUGACACCUGGUCUUCGCAAUUUUACGACCAAGCUUUAUAAUAUACAGACAUGCCUGAAAAAUAAGCCUAAAAGGAAAGUUGAACCAGAGGGUAAGAAUAUAUCGGACGAUGUAAGCAUUGACAAGGACAUCAUGCAGUUGGAUCUUGACGUAAAGUCUGCAUGGGAAGAAGUUGAUAAAAGCUCUGCGGAGAAGGAAAUGACGUAUAAGGAAUUGAACCAUGCUCUGGACCAGAUUUGUGUAUUUGGGUUCUCUUUCUUAACUAUAACAUUAACGCUUGUUUGUUUGUUUCGAGUCGCAUUCUAGACGACAGAUUAUCUUGAAUUAAUAGAAGGUUAGCAAGUACAUAUACGGGAAUUUUCGGUAAAAUUAUUCAGGACCUUUCUAAAUAAAUUAACAUUUGCGUCAUUUUUCAAAUUCCUGUUUUCCUUAUACU